AUGACGAGCGCCGGUGUGGACUUGGAAGGUGUGCCCGCGCAGGCGAGCGAGUCGUCGCUGUCGGCGCAGCAGGCGCGACUGGGCGAGCUGCGAGAACUGGCGGCGCGCGUGGCGGAGGCGGCCGGCGUGGACGCGUCGUCGGUGCCGCUGGGCGCCGAGCUGGCGCAGCUGGGCCGCCGCCUGCAGGAGGUGCGGCUGGCGCUCGACCGGCUGGCGCAGGCCGCCGAGCAGCGCGCCGCCGGCCACCACGAGCUGCGCGCCGCCAGGCACUUCCUCGACUCCGUGCAGCAGAGCUUGGCUGCUGUGGAAGAAGCAACAGAGCAAGAUGCCGAACAACAACUGGGCGCCCUGCGUAGCCAUCUGCUGGCUUUGGGCAAGACUGAGUCGCAACUGCAGCAGUUGAGAGGCUCAGCAGAGACCUCUGUAGAUGAUGCACCGGUUGUGGAAGUGCUUGCUCUCUGGCAACAGGUAUUCCGUGAGACUUUCCAACAAUAUCAUCGAUUGUCAGCUCGCUUGGUUCGUGGACAAGAUGGUGCUGCAGCAUUACGUUUGUGGCAAGAGUACCUUGUGCAUGUCCAAGCAUUCCUUUCGGCUGGAGUCCCUGGAGAUUAUAAGGCCCUUGCUGAACACCAGCACCUUUGUGAAGUACAUCAGAAUCUACUGACCAACCAGCAGAAUGUGUUGCUGUCCAAAAAUGACUCGGAUGGGCUUUUGGGUAGUGGUUUAAUAGAAUCGUCAGUAGUGGAACAGUUUGCUUCACUGACAAAUCUCCACAAUGAGACAUUGGCCCGUAUUAUGGAUCGUCAUGCAGAGGUACGCGCUCGCCUGGAUGCCUGGGAUCGUUAUCGACAGGAUCAGGCAGUUCUCUUGGCUUGGCUACGAGACACCGAGAGGGAGAGGGCACGCCUUCAGCUUCGGUACAUACAUCUACGCUGUCUGCCCAAAAUUCUUCUUCGGAUACAAGCAUUGAUUGAGAAGAUUCCAUCUGGUGAGGUGCAGGCUGAAUCACUUCAACAACAACAGUCUUCCUUGCUGACAUUUUGUGAUGAAGCACUCGCUACAUCAAUCCGUAUGGAACAUGCAGCUAUUGUUCAAAGGAUUUCCAACUUGGGUGCAGCACUUGAAACCUGGCGUGAAUUUUUGGAGCGAAUUUCAAACUUAGCUGCUUCAUUUGAGCAGCAAGCUGCAGCAGUGACAACAGCAUUCAAUGAAGUACGCUCCACAAUUGAACAGAGUGGUGCAGACACUCCUGUUUCAGUUAAUGCCGUCUCUGAACGCCUUGAACGGCUGAAGGAACUACGUACACAGCUAGCAAAUCGUACUGCUGAUUUAGAGUCCCUUGGAGUAACAUUGGAGCAAUUGAAGGAGUGUGCUGCACCACAGGAUAUGAAGGCAGCAACACAGCGAGCAUGGUUGCUGUGGCAAGCACAAGCUGAUCUGGAGCACCAACUGACACUGCUCUGCCACAGACUCGAGGAGCGUAUUGGAUUAAGGACGUUGUUUGAUACCAGGCAAUCUCGCUUCAUGACUUGGGCAUCAGAAGUUGAAGCACGUUUGGAGCGCAGCAGCACUGCAGAUGCAGAAGAGGUUCUAAGGAGACUAGAGACAGAAUUGCAGGCUGAAGUAGCCCUUAAGAGGCGAGAAGCAGAGUGGCUGACUCGAACCGGGCGUGAAUUGCUUGCUGAGAUGGACACAAAUGCUGAUCCUGAAUUAAAGGAACGUGUCGAACAAGUUGAGACUCGAUGGCGAGAACUGCAGGAUCUUGGUCGCUCUCGUGCAGCACGACUUGCUGAACUACUGCAGACCAUGUCUCAGUUAGAACUGCGCCUUGCUGAGCUACGUGCGUGGCUUCACCAGGUUGAAUCAAAGCUGGCCACUCCAUUAGUAUUUGAAACGUGCAGUAAGGAGACUGUUGACCAAAAGCUCCAUGAACAUGAGGAAUUACAGAAAGCAAUUGAGAAACAAAGCAGUAAUGUGGGAGAAGUACUUAAUCUUUGUGAGCUGCUUCUGACAAACUGUGAAGCAUGCAAAGCAACAAUAAAUACAGAAUCUAUUACUAUAGCAACUGAUAUGUUGGAACAACGGUGGAAGAAUGUCUGUGGCCAGUCGGCAGAACGCAAGCGACGUAUCAUUGCCGUCUGCCAGUUGAUACAGGACUUACAGAAGCUCUGCACUGAACAAGAAGACUGGCUCACUGCACAGGAGCUGGUUUUGAAGGAACUCGACAGUCGGCAGGAUCUGCGGUCACAAUCUGAGAUCCAGUCUUUUGUUUCACGUAUCGAUGGUGUGCUGAAGGAGGUGGAGACACGUGCUCCAGCCCUCCGCAUCCUGGACCAGUCUUACUCCCGUCUGCACAAAGAGAGUACUCUCCUCGAACCAGAGAAUAUGCGGCAGCUGACAUCUGGAGCUCGAUCAGUACUUCGCCGUUGGCAUGACCUAGCACCUGCUGCAGCUGCUGCUCAACAGAGGCUAUUCAGAGAACUGCAGCGAUACCGGGACUUCGCUGCUGCACAUAGUAGAGCACUUGUUGCUCUCACGCAGUUUGACAUUAGUCUUACACAGGCACAGCACUUAACAGAACAGUUGGACUCGUCACAGUUGACACAGCUAGAGACUGAUCUGGAAGCAUUGUCACCAUUGGUUCAAGAAGUGGAGGAAGUGGGUAAUCGAGUAUUACAACGAUGUAGCCCUGAAGAAACAUCUGAAUUGCGUGGCAUGCUGAAUGAAUGCCAGCUUUUGUGGUCAGAUAUUCGUGAACGCUUCUGGCAACUACGGGAAAAGUGCAGCUCCCAGGUUGUGGACUCUGCAAUUCAAGUUGAAACUUUGCGGUUUGAGCAAGAUUCUGCUGUUCAAGUGGACACACUUAAGUUGACAUCAGACGAUGCAUAUCGCUAUGAGCUAGAAUCAGCAAUGAGAGAAUGCUCAGCAAACCUAGACCAACUAGAAGAUGUAGCAAGCCGUACAAAAAUAACUCCACGUUCUUCAGAAAUAUCAAAAGCUUUGGCUGCAGCAAGGUCAAGUAUUGAGCUAGUCAGGCAUCUCAGCUCAUUACUUCCUGAGAAUCGAGCUGCUGCAGACCGUGUUAGAGUGCUUGGUGAGCGCUUUGACCGCAUGGUAGCAAAUAUACAGGCACGAGAGCAGCAGGAGAAGGAGCUCAGGUCUACCUUUGCUGAGGCUUACUAUUUUAUCUGUGAACACGAGAGUACAAGACUGACAUGUCCACUCUGCUCACGACGUAACUGGCAGCAAUUGGAUAAUGACUUAUGGCGAUUAGAACAGUGGCUGCAGUAUGCUGAAGCAACACAGAGUGCUCAGAGUUCUCCUCCCAAUAACAUUGAGAAACUGGAAGAUACAAUACAGGACCAUAGGGAAUUUCUAAUGGAUCUGGACAGCCACAAGAGCAUUGUUGUUUCACUCAACAUAGUGGGCAGCCAUCUUGCAGAUCAUACAGAAGAUAUAGAACAUGCAGAACAACUGCGAGCACGGUUAGCAACAACAAACAGUCGUUGGGACGCUGUGUGUCGAGCAGCUGCAAGAUGGCAAGCUCAGCUGCAGGUCGCUUUGAUGGAGAAUUCCGAAUUUCAUCAUAUCAUUGAAGAACUUGUAGAGUGGCUUGAAAAAACUGAAAAUAUCAUCAGGCAGACUGAGCCUGUAGACUUGGCUGAUGAUGCAGCUGUGAUAGAAGCUAAAUACAACAAAUUUAGGGAACUGCGCAGUGAUCUUGAGCGUUGUGAACCACGAGUAAUGUCGCUUCAAGAGGCGGCUGACCAGCUUUUGCGUCAGCCAGAGGAAGAGGGUGGCGUGAACACUGGCAGCAAUACAUGGGCCAGGCUUACAGAUCUGAGGUUACGCCUGCAAUCACUGAGACGCCUCACAGGCGUCUAUGUGCUUAAAUUAGGUGCUGUAUUAGGGCGUGAGCCAUCUGAGAUGGGUACACCAGUGCCUUCAGCCACUGCUGCUACAUCAUUGGCCAGUUUGCCUUUGGAGCUUGUGAACCAGACAUCCAGCAGCCAAGCUGAUGUCUCAUUGCAUGGUGACCAGCAACAAGGAAGUGACACGGACAUGGACACAAGUGUACUUACACGUGGAUACCGGUUUCUCGGCCGUGUCAUACGUGCAUCAUUGCCCAUCCAGGCACUGAUGCUACUGUUAUUAGGAGUUGCAUCUCUGGUUCCAACAGGUGAAGAAGACUAUGCUUGCAACCUGAGCAAUACAUUUGCACGUGGCCUGGAGCCAAUGCUCCGCUAUCCUAAUGGGCCACCACCUGUAUAAAUUAAAAAAAGAAUCUUUCUUAAUAAAAUUGUAUUAAUACUAAGUACUUCCAUGGAUAUCGGUUCCGAUUGUACAGCUGAUAAGUUAGGGCUGCUGGUAAUCUGUUACAGGUGCCAGAUUGUAAAAUAUGUUUGUGUAUCUUCAGGUACAAAAUUGAAGGUUUGUGACCUUUAGGAGUCUCUUGUGGAGAUGUUUUGUCUUACUGAGCAAGAACUGUAACACCUGAAAAAAUCUUUGGAAGCCAAUUUAAUUAUAAACAUAGAACUUCUAUUUUUAUCAAGAGAAUGUAUAAAUUUUCUCAAAGGAAAAUAGACUGAAUAGUAACUCUAGCUUGAAUAUUGUACUGCUUUCUUCCAUGUUAAUACUCCCAGAUUUUUCUUGAUGAGAUUGACUUUAUGACAGAAAAGUCAGUUUGAUAUAAGGGUCAUCAAGGUACUUAAUCUGUCGCUAAAAGACUUUAUUAGUAUACUGCUGUUUCUCUGCAAAGCAGAUGCCAAGAUACGUUACGGAUCAUUAUGCAAUGAUUCAUUUCCAACUUGCAUUUAUGUUACAAUGAUAUUUCCUGUUAGUUUAUAAAUAGAUCAUUUAUCUUCAUGUUGAUCUGAUAAGCUUCUUUCCAUGUGCUUAUAAAAUUAUUUUUUUACAGAACUUUGUUCCUGGUAGCAAUUGUUACUUAAUGUCGAAAGUAAAUUCAGCGAUUGAUUAUAUAUUGUAAAAUAAUUCUGUAAUUGUUAUUGUACAUAAAGGAUGAUAUUCUUAAUGAAUAUGAAGACGCAAAAAAAGACGUGCACCUAUUGUAAUAUUUGGUAUUUGAAGGAUGAUACUUUUUUAUAAAUGAGAAUCGCUUUCUGUAUAUCAGGGGAUAGCUGUGAAGCUUGUAUUUCCUUUUGUUUUGUUUGUAUUUGCAAAUUUUAUGUGAAGAGGUGGCUCUGUGGAAAAGAUUUUGUUCUGUCUACAAGAAUUCCAGUGUUAUGUCCAGAGGAGUGGAACACUCUGAACGUAAGGGAGGAAUUCUGUAGUUAUGUGGUGAGGAACUCGGCAAUCCUGUGAGUAAGCUCUCCAGCUCACAGGUUCUGUGUUCCUCCCGCAGAAUGAACAAAAGUGUCCAGUCCACUCUGAAUUCACCUCUUGUGUAUUUGUGGAAUGUUUAUUUUUUUGUUAAAGAUAUUCUGUUGUACCUUAUAAUCUCAUGAACUUCUUGUGUGUAAUUAAUAUUUUUGUGGUCCUUUUGCUGUGGGCUACGGCUAUAGAUACAGAAAUAACACUACUUCCUGCUUGUUUACUUCUUGCAUUUUAUUGUAUUUUUAUAACGAAGAGCUUAGCAGGUUUGUGGUAUUUACAGUUAAAAGAAAUAAAUACGUUGACAUUAAAAAAACCUGUGUCUUUUA